ACAUGUUCCCACCAGCUAACCAAAUUUGAGUAUCUCCUCACACACCAGUCAUUGCUCACAGGCUCUUUAUUCAGUAAACAAGGAGAAACUAGGGGUCUAAGUUCAGAGCUCACAACCUAAAUUCUGCCAAACAAACCAAUUCUUUCAUAUGAGCCUUUAACCUCAGGCGAGAUGAUAAUUAGAAUAUUUCGGCAUAUUCCUAUGAUACUUCCAUUUUCAUUUCUCUUCUCUUACUGUGUCAUUUCGUCAAAUGUUUUAAGUUUUAUUUUGGGAAAAGAAAAGUUUAAAUAAAAGUGUAAAUAAAAAGAACAUUUGGAUUUUCUUGAUUACCCUUUCCAUUUGGGAUUACAUGAAAUUUUAAAGAUGCUGCUGUACCAGCUGUACUGAUGCUAUCCAAUCUGCAGACCAGUGCUUGAUUUCCCUGGACAACAGCAAAAGUCAAAGAUAUUAAGUUUGAAUCCAUUUGAAGUUUUCUUCUUUCACUCAUCCAACAUUAACACAAGCUUUACUACCACUGGAACAGUACACAUUAAAGAGCCUCUAUUAAUUUCGCAUUUCUAUAAUACAACAUUCUGCAUCAGAAUUAUUGAUGGAAUCUUCCCUUGAUUCCCCAGGUGGGGAAACACUUGGUCUCAUAGGAGGGAGUACGGCACGUCCGUCUACCAAUGGUGGUGGCACUAUCAAUGCAAACAACAAUGGAACUAGUUCAAGAGAUGGUAGUGAUAUGCUGGCUGCUGCUCUGGAACAAAUGGACAAUAUUAUUGCCUUGUACUCUCAGCCACCUCCUGAGAAACAAAAAUUUUCUGGUACAAAACGUGAAUAUCGAAACAGCAAUUUAGCUACAAGACCUACAGUGAAGGGCCGUUUACAGAAUGCCAGAGCUAUAUUCCUAUUGGAAGAUUUAAAAGGAACUUUGGAGCAAUGUGAAAAUAAGCAGCAAAUCCUGGAUCAUGCUUCUUCAAGUGCAUUAAAAUUUCUAAGAGAGUGGCUUGAAGAUGAAAGUCCGGGUGGUGCCAAUAUCGGGGAGACAUUUGAGGAGAAGAUCACUCGCCUUGAGUCAGAUAAACAAAACUUGUUGCUACAAAUCGGUGUGCUUAAAGACCAGUUGGAGGCUAAAGGUGAUAAAAUCCGAGAGCUUGAGUACAGUCUGGAAGACAAGAGAUCUCGACUAUUCACGACAGAACAAAUGCUACAAAAUGAGUUACUGACCAGAGCAUCACUGGAAACAGACAAGCAGGACUUGAUGGCAGAGGUUACCAGCCUGAAAAUCAAGCUAACAACUGCUGAAAGAGAGCGGCAUGAACUAGAGGAACAAUUAAAGUCAGCACAUAAACGUAUUACUGAAUUGGAAAAGAAACUAUUAUUAAGAGAUGCUGAACUUCAUGAACUUAAACAGAGACUCACAAAAAAUGGUACCAUUUUAUCAACAGACAGUGCAGGGGACGUCAGCAAUAACCGCCCUCUAGAACGAGAGCGUACCUUAGAUAGACUUAAGAAAAAACAGAGCGAAAUAGAAAAGCUAAAAAAAGCUGUCGACUCGCUGAUGUUAGCCAAUGAGGAAAAGAAUGGAGAUAUUUCAUGGGACCGCCGGUUAGAAGACUAUGGAAAACUAUUACGACGUUAUAAGAAAAUUGAAGAAAUGCUCAUACAGGCUCAAGGAAGGAGAGCUCUGGACGAUCUCAUGGCUAACUUUGAAGAUGAUAACAGCUCUACCACAUCAUCUAUGUCUCCCUCUACUGGAAGUGGUGGAAAAGAUACAGCUGAUGGAACAAAGUCUGACGAUUCAAAAGACAAACAUUUAUCUGGCCCUAGUGCCACAAGUACACCAGGCAGUACAACAGUGAAACAGAGAUCCAAUAGCCAAGACAAAGCACAAGUUAGUCCAAUAUCGCCUGCUUUGGGGGAUGCUGAAUUAGAUCAACGGGCAGGAACUUUUGUUCGUUCAAACAGUUGUGAAGAAAUAUCAAAUUCAACAGAAAAACGUUUUUUCUGGGGAAUUCAGACACCGCCAAUAACGAAGAAAAAAGAUAACCCUUAUGGAUAUGGUACGUUACCUAAAGAGCGUCAUAAAGAUGAAGAAAAGGGAAAGUUAAGAGUAUUCCCUACCCUGGGCAAAACUUUAUUGCGUAUGAAAACGGGUAAAAGAAGCUGUUCAGCACCCAAUUUAGCACAAUCAGAAAUUGCAACAGACGAUGAAGAUGUCAUUGGGCGCCAUGGCAACGUUCACAAUAGAUUACACCACACAGACAGUGGCAGAUGGAAAGGUUUCAAACGAUUCAUCGGCAGAUUAAAACGAAGCAGUUCUCAAGACUUUGAUGGUGACAUGAAUGAAGAAUUUAGGCGUGGAGGUAUUCGGGCUACAGCUGGGGCACGGCUGGCCUGGUCGAAAGAUUUAAAAAUAAACCAUGAUUCAAAUGUUCCUUUUGAGAGUUGGGAUAGUGAUCGGGUUGCCUCUUGGCUUCAUGAAAUUGGCCUUGACAUGUAUGUCCAUGAGGCACGAAGAUGGAUCAGGAAUGGAGAACAGCUGUUAAAUGCUACCCACCACGAUUAUGAAAAGGAAUUGGGUAUGAAAAAUCAUCUACAUCGAAAAAAGCUUCAAUUAGCUCUGGAAGCAGCUCAUUCUGGUCUUAAGGAUCGUAUAUUAGAACUUAACCACAACUGGGUUACAAGAUGGUUGGAUGACAUUGGAAUUCCUCAGUACAAGGACACUUUCUUUGAGGCUCGAGUUGAUGGACUCAUGCUGCAUUAUUUGACUGUGGAAGAUUUACUUGCACUGAAAGUCUCCAAUGAAUUGCAUCACAUAAGUAUCAAACGAGCUAUCCAGACAUUACGAAUGCACAAUUUCAACCCUCAGUGUCUUAAACGUAGACCCUCAGCUGAUGAAGUUAAUAAACAGAAUAUCCCAGGUGAAGUUAUUCUGUGGUCAAAUCACAGAGUAAUGGAAUGGCUGCGUACUAUUGACCUUUCUGAAUAUGCUCCUAAUCUACGAGGAAGUGGAGUGCACGGAGCACUAAUAGUGCUAGAGCCUCGUUUCAAUGCUGAGCUCUUCUCUCAGGUAUUAUCCAUUCCUGGCAACAAAUCUCUUCUCAGACGACAUCUCAGCACACACUUUGUUGCACUUAUUGGCAACGAAAUGCAACACAAGAAAAGGGAAUUUGAAACUUCUGCUGACUACCAACCUCUCUUUCCUAAUUCUAAAGUAAAACGACGAAAUAACUUUCUGCUGUUUGGGCAUAAACGAAGCAAGUCUGAAAGUCAGACGGAAAGCUUUAUCUGUCCAAUUAAAAAUCCAUCUUCAGUAAACGGUACUGACCAUAUGUUUAAUAAAUUGAUGUCUUGUCAACACAAUAACGGAAGUAUAAAAGAGCGAGAUGAAAUUGCUGCAAAAGAGAUUGGAGCAGUGUCGAAAGAAAUCAGUUCAUUAACGAUCUUAAAAUGAAAAGCAUGCUCAACUAUAAAAAAGGUAAUGUUGUCACAAGAGAAGUUCUUAGAAAAUGUACCAACAUCGAAUGUUUAAUUCUCCUUGAUCUCCAACAACAGAUACCACCAGCCUUUUGAUAUACAACACAAUCGAAAUUUGGAUUCUUUGCAUUCUAGGAAUGAGCCUUUGCUGUUUAUAGUCAAACCUACAAUCAUCAUUGUCAUCAUCAUCACAUUAAAUAUGCUACUAUUAUUAUUAUUACUACUACUACUACUGUAGCGAGCUGGCAGAAUUGUUAUUGUGUUGGAUGAAAUACUUACAGCAUUUCUCCCGGCUCCCUACAUUUUUUAGUUCAAAUAUCGCCCAGAUCACCUUUACCUUUCAUCCCUUCAGGGUUGAUAAAAUAGGUACCAGUAAAGUACUGAGGUCUACGCAAUUAAGUAGCUCCCACCUGCAAAAUUUGAGGCUUUGUGCCUAAAGUAGGAAGGAUUAUUUUUUUUUUUUUUUCUACUGUUACUACUUCUACAACUGGUUAUGCUACCAAUUUUGUUUUUAGAUACCAUUCUUUCCAGUCCCUGAAUUUUCUACUUAGAUUUUUAGCACACACACCCCCCCCCCCCCCCUUUUUUUUUUACCUUUUAGUCAUUCUGAUUUAAUUCUUAUCAAUACACCUGAACAAGUUCUGGAAGAUAGCUUUAUUAUCUGUUUUACCAAAGCUAAACUGCCCUUCUCCUUACUUUAAAUUAUCCUCCUUAAAAACUUGCAGUUUGAGAGCAGGAUCUGUAAAGUAGGGUAAUUACCGUUUUCUUUUAAUUAAUUUCAUUUAUCAUGUUUCUACCCACCUAAUGCUCUAUUUUUUCAUAUUGAAACUAUUUACUUAGUUUCAUGUUUCUUGUGUGAUAUCAAAAAUAUAUAAAUAUUUGAUAUUUAAUUAUCAUUUAUUUCUCUACUCUUCUCCUGCUCUUUUAGCUUUCAGUUCUAAUAAGUUUCUCAUACCAUAAAUUUGUGGUUCUGUUUUAUUUCUCUCAGUAUCUCAUAUUCUUUAUUUCUCUGAAGAAGAAAAUUAUUUAAAAAAUAACCCACAAAAACGAUGGGAAAUUUUUAUAUAAAAUGUAAAUGUUUUUAAUGUUGGAUUAGCAUAAACCAACAGACAAACAAAAUUUUUAUUUAUAACUUCAUUGUCAUUUAAAAAUCUGACAAUAUAAUAACUAAAUUUCAAUGUCUUUCUGAAUAGAAUUUUUUUUUUCUUCAACAAUCAGGCGUACUCAAUACAUUGCAAAGAUGCAUUUUAUGAUGAUAAUUUACAAAUAUUUCUAUGGUAAUUUCUACACAAAGAUUUACACCAUGAUUUCAUCGAAAGAGAAUUAUUUUCAUACAUUCAUUUCUUAAUACAAUAGUCUGAAUAGGUUUGCUGUAUAUCAUUUGUAAAAUAAAUAUUUCUAAAGGUAAAUGUUUUCAUCCGACUAUGACUGACAUCUACUGCUCUACAUAUAUAUAUAUAUAUAUUAUAUAUAUAUAUAUACACACACACAUACAUACAUACAUACAUGCACACAGUUUCACUCCCUCAUCACUGGCAAACAAGUCAUUCAUUUCUAGCUUUUUUUUUAAAUAAAAUUUGAGGCAUUCGAGUCUUAAUUCUUCUCCUUUGCUCCCUUAUGUUAUUAUCAUCAUCAUCAUUAUU